AUGAAGGAAAACAACAGUUAUAACCUCAAGCAUGCCCCCCUUCCCAAUGGAAAUGGAUGCCUGGUAAUGGGAAACGGAGAGUGCAAUCCUGCGUUUGAAAUGGAGGAUGGGAUCACAAAUGAUACUAGCAACACCAAAAAAGAAGCGGAGCACUCUAAAAAGCGACUUGGAUUUUAUCUAAGCCAAAUAGCCAUGCCGAUAAAUGUCACUGAGAAUUACCUGAAAUCUCACUGGGAAACCAUCAAGUUUAUUAUAUAUGGCAUACUCGGAGCAGGUUAUUUGGUAUACUUCAUUAUAGCCUGUAUUUUGGAUUUCGAGAGGGCCACUGCCUUGGUGGUCAUCACUUGUUUGGCUGUUUUGUCAAAGUCCUAUGACCUUGUGAAGAAGUACAAGGGAGAGCGUAUCAGUCGCUGUUUCAGUCCUGUAGUAGAGUGCUUCAAAUCCAAUUUAAGAUGGCUCAAAUGGGUCUUCAUUUUCAUCGUCUUGAUCCUGCUUGGACUGUGGCUCGGGCUAGACACAAUCAAACGUCCCGAACAGUUUAUCUCCUUCGGAGGUGUUUGUAUGUUCAUCCUGCUCGUGUUCCUCUUCUCAGCUCACAGGACAGCAGUGACCUGGAGGCCUGUGUUUUGGGGCCUAGGGUUGCAGUUCUGCAUCGGACUUUUUGUCAUUAGAACUGAGCCGGGACUCAUAGCUUUCCAAUGGCUUGGACGACAAGUGCAGAUUUUCUUGGACUACACCAAAGUGGGAUCAUCAUUUGUUUUUGGAGAUUUGAUCAACGGGAUCUUUGCAUUCCAAGCUUUGCCUAUAAUCGUGUUCUUCAGCAGUGUGAUGUCUGUGCUUUACUUUCUGGGAUUAAUGCAGUGGCUCAUCCUGAAGAUCUCAUGGAUUAUGCAGAUAACGAUGGGAACCUCUCCCACGGAGACCUUGAGUGUAGCAGGCAAUAUAUUUAUUGGCCAGACAGAGGCACCACUGUUGAUUCGGCCCUAUUUAGAAGGUAUGACCAAAUCUGAAAUCCAUGCUGUUAUGACUGGAGGAUUUGCCACAAUUGCAGGCAGCGUCAUGGGAGCAUUCAUCUCAUUUGGGAUAGAUGCAUCCUCUUUGAUAUCAGCCUCAGUCAUGGCUGCUCCCUGUGCGCUCGCCUUUUCUAAGUUGUCUUACCCAGAGACAGAAGAGACCCGGUUCAAGUCAGAGGAGACGAUCAAAGUUGCUUGUGGAGAGGAGAAGAACAUUCUGGAGGCAGCAAGCAGUGGAGCAUCAGCUUCCAUCGGUUUGGUUGCCAACAUCGCCGCAAACCUUAUCGCCUUCCUCGCCAUCCUCGCAUUCAUUAAUGAAGCUCUGAGCUGGCUUGGAGGCAUGGUGGGAUACCCCGAUAUCACCUUUCAGCUAUUCUGUUCAUAUAUCUUCAUGCCUCUGGCCUUUAUGAUGGGAGUGCCAUUUGAGGAGAGUUUUACUGUCGCCGAGCUUAUUGGCAUAAAACUUUUCCUCAAUGAAUUUGUGGCCUAUCAGAAAUUAUCCGCACUUAAGACUAACAGGCUUAAUGGACUGGAUGCAGUAAUUGAUGGAAAAAGAAUGUGGAUUUCCGUCCGAUCAGAAACAAUCUCCACCUAUGCUUUGUGUGGUUUUGCCAACUUCAGUUCUCUUGGCAUCAUGAUCGGAGGUCUCGCCUCUAUAUGCCCAUCUAGAAGAGGUGAUGUCUCGGCUCUUGUGUUGCGAUCCAUGAUCACAGCCACGUGUGUCUCCCUUGUCAAUGCUUGCAUCGCGGGGGUCUUAUUUGUUCCUCCGCUUGACUGUGUAAAGUUGAUCAGCGACUCUGCUCUCAACAGUACAGAUGUGAACCUGCAGAAUUGCUGCACUGACCUCUUUGAAAAUACUGUGAACAAUGGGAGUAUCUCAUUCGAAGGAUCGUGGAGCACUGUCGCAAACGUCACUUAUUACUUGGCAAAAUGCUGUCAGUGCUGUGGCGUCUCCCAAGAGGCACUUUGUAUGUAA